AUGGCUGAAACGCUCCCAACUCCGAGGGCCACGCCGGAGGUGCAGGACAAGGUUGUCGCCGACAGUGCGAGGAACAGCCUGGAAGCAACGCUCGACGAGCUGCUGAAACGCUACCUUCUCCUCCUCGACCAAUACUCUCAGGCUCGUCAGCAGCUUUCAUCCGAGCUCUCCUCCGGCUAUCUCUCUCUCGCACAAGCAAACUUCAACCCUUCCAGCCGUAUCCGUUAUGGUCAAGACUUCUACGACGAGCGCAUGCAGGCGCUGAGGCAGGUAACCACCGAAGAAACAGACUCCAAGCUAUACAGGUCAAUUCGCCUACUUGAUCCUCCCAAUGAACCGACAGCCGAUGAGAAGAAGACGAAGGAUACCGCCGUGCCUACAGACAAGAACAAAGAAGGCACAGAAAUCAACGCCAACGACGACGUUUCCGCCUCGGUCGCCCAGCUUAGCCUUGAUCACGAAGUGGAAGAUGAGUCGAAGUCCCGACAGGUACAUCCGGGAAGCAAACCCGGCGAAUCAGAUUUGGGACGUGAUGGAGAGAAGACGGAGAACUUUGAUGAAGCCCAAGAGAAGGAAGGAGCGAGCAGAAAACCUCGAGUAGACGAUCCCAUCCGCUGGUUUGGUAUCCUCGUUCCGCCUGCCUUGCGCAACGCCCAGGGCCGCUUCAUACAAGCUGUCGAGGGCCCGGUCCCGAAGCUUGUGAAUGUGGCAGCGGGGAUGAGGGAGCUGGAGAUUGAGAUUGGACGGGCGAGGAAGGCAAUCAGGAAGAGUGCAAGUUAA